AUACCAACUUCCGCUAUUGCUGCACAAGGGUAUCAUUUCCAUGACCUUCACUAAGGUUAAUACUCAAAUUACAGGCACGUUACAUACAAAGGAAGUUAUUCGUAAACGAUUUCUGUCUGUUCACGAACACCAUGGACGGCAACGCAAAAUCUAAAACGAAUUGCAUUCUUCAGCUUGGCAUAUUGUUGAAUUUAGCCCUGACACUUUUGUCUGUGGGUUAUUUGACUUACAAAGUACAUACUUUGGAUGAGCGAAUCGUUCGUGUCGAACACAUCAAAAAAACAGAGACAAAGGGUGAUAAUUAUCGAGAUCGUCGACCAAGAGCGGCUGAUAAUGGCUCUAAAGAUCCAAUGGAUGUUUGUACGAAAUGCAGGAACCUUUGUACGCAGAUGUUUCCCUCUGGAUCAUCGAAAAAGAUAAAAUCAUCAAAAUCAUCACAAGAAAGCAAAGCAGUAUGUAUCAGAGGUCCACCUGGAGCACCGGGUCCUCAAGGACCGACGGGUCCAAACGGAAGAAGGGGAAAACGCGGUAAACGAGGAUAUAGAGGAUUUCCUGGAAAGAGAGGACCGAUAGGGAUUACUGGUCCAGAAGGACCGAGAGGAUUGCCAGGAAGAGCGUUUUCUGGAAACACUUCAGCACUAAUUGAUUCACUUGCGGUUCCACAAAUAACCAAGACACCUCCAUCUGUUUUUGUCAUCAAAGAAGGUGAAAAUGUAGUUAUUCCAUACCAAACAUCAGGAUUCCCCAAUCCAAUAAUCACGUGGUACAAAGAUAACAAAAAAGUGGACGARUCCCUUUAUGCCACUGGUACUCUACGAAUAACUGAAGUAAAGUUUGAACAUCAUGGUCUUUACCAAUUAAAGGCAAAGAACUUUAUUGGUCAAGCAAGAGCGCUCAUGAGAGUCGUUGUAAAUGUUGCCCCACGAUUCGUGGUUCAGCCUCCAGUUUACAUGGCUGGUUAUGAAGACUGGGACACGACCAUCACAUGCAACAUCUUCGGGUUUCCUGCUCCACGAUUCGAGUGGACACGAGCAUUACAAGCCUUGCCCAAAGGACGUCAUGUAAUGUCUGGCAAUCACCUUAUCAUCAAGAAGACAAGAAGAGAAGAUAAGGGACCUUACAUGUGCAAAGGAAUCAAUGAUCAUGGCAACACAUUCGCUUUGGUGGUYCUGACUGUACAUUCUGUCUUUCCUCCUGCCAUCAGUCAAUCACCAUCUAAUCACGUUCUUGUGAACAAAAUCCUGAGCCGAGUCAAAUUGAACUGUUCGGCUACUGGAUCACCACUGCCAACGAUCGAGUGGAGCAAAGAUGGCCUACCUGUAUCUGGGAACACUACAGUUCGCCAGACCAAUAAAGAAACUGUAGGCGAGUUGGUCAUUGAUCCGUUCAUGCCUCAAGACCAAGGACGAUACAAAUGCUUUUUUAGAAACUACGAGAAUGGAACUACAGAAGCCGUAAUACAAGUCUCUUUAGUGAACUGUGGAGAUCCUGGCCAACCAGUGAAUGGCUAUCGCACUGGCAAUGAAUUCUGGUCUGGAAAGCUUGUAGUUUAUGCUUGUGAUCCUGGUUAUUACUUGGUGGGACCAUCCAACCGACUUUGUCUGGAAAAUGGUGCAUGGAGCAACUCUAUUCCAACAUGUCUCCGUCUUUGUCCCGAGAUCAUGCCUCCUGAGAAUGGAUACAUUGUUGGUCACUUCCUGGCMAACAGAACUCUCACUUUCAACUGUAAACCCGGUUACUGGAUCCGUGGAAACCGCCAACUUGUAUGUGAUCCCAGCWCAGGAAACUGGACWGAUUGGAAAGGAAAUUUUACCACUAGAGCAACAAACUGUACAAGCCAUACGAUGCAUUCAAACAUCCUGGAAAAUMGAGAGGAUUACUACGAUUUGAUGAGAGAAUGGCUGGCUCCAGUGACCAGCAUGCCAGCAARAUGGGUACCAUGCUACCAAAGUAGAWWUCACGGWUGGUCMAGCAGCACAUUCCAUUCUCAGUGUAACAGUAAAGGYCCRACUAUUACAAUYAUMAAAGUGAAYRAAUACAUAUUUGGAGGCUAUACAGACGUCGACUGGCAUUCUGGGGGGUCUUACAGCAGAUCAGUCGACUCGUUUCUGUUUUCUUUCGUAAACCAUCACAACCUGAAGCCGUUUAAAACCAACAUAUUCGAUAUAGAYAACGCCAUAUAUGGAAAUGGUGGCUACGGACCGACAUUUGGAGACCAUGACAUAUACGUCAGUAAUGAUGCUGGAAACAACAGGAACUCCUAUACACAUCUUGGGAAUGCCUAUGUACGGAUUAAGGACUAUAGAGCUAAUUCAGGUGAAGUGAAGAGCCUUUUUACAGGAUCAUACAACUUUCAGCCUGACGAGAUCGAAGUAUUUCGGCAGGAUGACGCAGAGAUCUAAGUGGCCAAAACAAAUAUAAGCGAGUGCUUCAUCAUCGACUUGCAGCAUCCAAAAACAUAAUUAAUUGGAUCUGUCAAAAACAUCAUUUAGUGAGUUAGAUAGGCAUAAAACACAAACAGAAAAAACGCUGGACAGACCAAUAACUAGAUGAGUAGGCGGAAAAAGAAGACCUGGAAAACGAACGCCCCUAAGAUUUUAAAAUCGUAUACCCCCGAUGAUUAUAUAUAUAAUGGGCGGAUCCCAAUCAAAACCAUCAAGAUAAUUAGCAAAUACAAACUAAAUUAAUUACAAAUUUAGCACAGAAAUGCAAAUAUCAUGGGCUAAUCGUAAUUGCUUAUUACUUAUAAUUAUUCAUAGCAUUUUUUUUGAUAAAGAUAUAAAGCAAUGAUUUGAAUAGCCGAUUUGCGAAUUUCGCUUAAGUUGUCAAACACAAAAGAAUCAAGACGAGGCGCCGUGCGUAAACCUCAGUCAAUCGUAAAAAAACUAUUGUCUUUUUACGAAAGACUGAGCAUUAUGCACGUCGCCUCGUCUUAAUUCCUUUGUGUAUGACUACCGAGGCAAAAUUCGCAAGUCGGCCAUCUGUUUAUAGAUAUAACAUGCGMCAUUAUGUAUGCUAAAUAUAAUCUGGCGUAGAACAACUUAAAUUUGUGUCUGAUGYCCUUAUCCUCUCCCGAAUUKCAUUUUUUCUAYUGMUGUUAGGAUUUCUUGAGGAAACAAUGAGGAAACUAUGGAAAACACGUUWRRAACGCCUUAUAUGGGCACUAAGUCUUAGUACUCAAAGGAGCUUUAGAUGCUGUUUCUGGUAUAAACACUAGUGAAUGAGAUUAAUUUACAGUCUACCUAACAAUUAUUCUAAAUCAUACCAAUUAAUUCGAAAACAGUUCAAGUACAGAACAGGAAUAUUCAGAAUCUUUCAUAAUUUCUUGUUUCCGAUGAGGUGUUUAAAAUGCAGCCAAAAGAUUAUGAUUAAUUAAGAACAUUGUUGAGUUGACAUAACGCAAGAGCCAUACAAAUACAUCAAACUUUUCCUGUUUUUUUUUUAUAUACAUUAUUUUUGAAAUUCUAUAAACUUGGAAGUUACUGCCUAUCCCUGAACAAGAAUACGAGCUUGCUCAGUUGUAAAAUCGCUUUAAACCCUGGACAAAUGAAAAAUGCUAGAUCUCCAAACACAAUCAACCAUUGUUAGAAGACCUCAACUUUUAACAUUUCGGCCAGUUGUUUUGAUAGCUUUACAUUUUCUGAAAUAUGAAAUCAUGUUGCAUUGUGGUCUAGCUUCAGUACUAACAGCGCCAUAUUUGGCUACAUGAUCAAAAUACGUUUGUACUAAAUGUAGAAAGCAAUGCCAUUUCGUUUAAUGCUCUUUUAUUAAAGGCCCGAUUUGUCGUUGCAUGAAGCAUUAAACAUGCUGGAUUGUAUUUGCAGACGUUUAGCCACCAAAGAAUGUGUAUUAGACAAAGUGAACAAUGAAAAAAUAAAUAAAUAAUUGAGCAAAUAAAUGUAAAUUUAAUUUAUAGAUGCAUAAGUGAAUGUUAAAUGAAAAUACUCGGUAUUAGUAGACUUUUAAGACCUCAGAGCCUUGGCUAUAACCUGAGUCAAGCAAGACGAUUUUCACACAUUACGGAAUAAACUCCCGUGCAUUUG